CAAGCAGUUGCUGGAAGCAAGGGGGUGGAAAAGCAUGCAGAGUACAGUCAGCGCUCAUCUGGCCUGGUUAUGUGCAAUAACCAUCUCUCUGGCUGUAUAUCCAGCUUGGCUGCAGAAGCCUCCCAAGAGGAAGGUGAUCAGUGGCAAUGCCAAGGCCAUAGGCUGCUGCGAGGAGCUGAAGGAGCUGAAGAUGCAGGUGGCCAACCUGACCACCUUGAUAGAGGAGCUGAGCAAGAAGCAGGAGGACGAGAUGGGGAACGCCAUCGUGCAGGUGAUGGAGCUGGAAGGGAGCUUGAAGCAAAUGGACCUGCGCCUCCAUGAGGUGGAAGGGAAGUACUCGGAGAUGAACAGCCAGCUGGGAAUCGUGCAGCUCCAGGCAGCCCAAACUGUCACACAGACAUCUGCCGAUGCUGUCUAUGACUGCUCAUCCCUUUAUCAGAGGAAUUACAGAACUACCGGCGUUUACAGGCUGCUCCCUGAUGAAUUCCUGGGAACCCCAGAACUGCAGGUUUACUGUGACAUGGAGACAGAUGGUGGUGGCUGGACUGUCAUCCAGAGGCGCAAAGUGGGCCUGAGCUCCUUCAGCAGAGACUGGAAACAGUAUAAGCAAGGGUUUGGCAGCAUCCAGGGAGACUUCUGGCUGGGAAAUGAACACAUCCACCGGCUUUCUAGGCGCCCAACCAUGCUGCGUGUGGAGCUAGAGGACUGGAAUGGCAAUGUCCGUUAUGCUCAAUACAACCACUUCGCCCUGAGCAAUGAGAUAAACAGCUACCGCUUGUUCCUGGCCAACUACAGCGGCAACACGCCACACGACUCAAUGAGAUACCACAACAACACAGCCUUCAGCACCAAGGACAAGGAUAAUGACAAAUGUGUGGACCACUGUGCGCUAUUGCGCAAAGGUGGUUACUGGUACAACUGCUGCACAGACUCGAAUCUGAACGGGGUUUAUUACCGCAACGGCGAGCACAACAAGAGCACAGAUGGUAUCACCUGGUAUGGCUGGCAUGGCAAAACCUAUUCCUUGAAAAGAGUCGAGAUGAAGAUUAGACCAGCAGACUUUAAAGCCCAGAGGGACAACAACAAUGUUGAGUAAGGCCACACCACCACCAUUUCAUGGGGGACUAUGGGGGAGGGGGGGAAAGAAGGAAACCUUUUAAAUAGCAAAGUGCAACCACUGAUCUGAAAACGCAAGGGCUAUAUGCACGGAUGGUGCCUCGUGCAGUAGUAAUGAAGCAGACCCAAAGACUUUCAAACACAGCCAAAAGCUUCUGCACCUCUCUCAUGACAAGGUUCUACAGAAGGAUGCCAAACACAUACCAGGAUUGGGAGCCUCUUGCAUCAGCGCCCAAGCAGGGUCAAGAACACUGUCCUACUCAUGAUUACCAGAGAGCUGUCUUGGCAUUUUUUGCCAAGUGGUCUGGGGUGGGGGGGAUUGGCUUUAUUUAUGCCCAAACUGUAAUCUCAGUGUGUGUUUUAGAUUAACUCAGGCAGAUGCAAAUGUUGUCAAAAGAAAGUGGGACCGGGAAGAGUUUUGAUGGGGAAAGAAGGGCAGAGGUAGGAAGGUUACAGCAAGGAAAUCUUCAGUACAUUUUAUGGCCUACAGUUUCUAAAGGAGAGAGGGGGUGGAAAUGAAGUUUAGACUGAGUCACUACCAGUUAAAAUGGAUGCUGCCAAGGGGAAUUCCAAUGGCACAGAGAGAUUAUGAAGAAACAAUCUCAGUAGAAUGUCAGAAGCAGCCAGCAAUUAUAAAUUAUAUAGCAUUUGAUAUAUGUUAAAAGGUGGAAGGAAUAGCCCUAUGCACAGAAGAGAUGCAAUAGUUGCAAAUGCACAUUCUCAAAUCACCACGCCACUCAUUAUGAUGAUCAGUUUUUAAAACAUUUCCAAGGACUCUUCUCUUGCAGCCCAAUUCCUUGCUUAACUGUAUUGCCGGAGCAGAUUCACAAUUCAUAUAUCUGGGGUUUUAUUUCCUUUUUUUUUAAUACAAAAGGGAUUUUGCUUAAUUUAAAGUUGCUGUCUUAUCACAUGGAGAUAACUGUUUUCUGGGAAGCACCUUGUAUAUUUUGACUAGCCAAAACUUGGAAAUUGUACUGGGAACACUUGGAGCACAAAUCACAUUGUUAUAUAAGGCUUAUGAGCGGGAGAUAUUCCAGUUUUUGCCUGUGCUGUACAUUGAAUGAGAGCUCUGCACAAAAUGUCCAUAUUUGCAUAAUG